GCCAGGCCGCGUCGACGAUCCGUACACCUCUCAGCUAACUUCUUGCCGCCCGGUUCCCUUUUUACGUAUAAUUUUCACCCCUGUUGAUUUGGAUUCGGCAAAGGUGCAGAAAAAUCGAUGGCAGACUCGCAGAGUGAUUGGAAAAUGUUCAGUAUUCGGAUUGUGUCCCUCGACUACUACAUGGCACCGCCAAUUCCAGGCCUGGAUAUCUGUUACAGCAGUUUCCAUGGUGGGAAAGUGAAUGAGGUUCCUGUUGUAAGAAUAUAUGGUUCUACUCCAGCUGGGCAGAAAACUUGUUUGCAUAUACAUCGGGCUUUGCCCUACAUGUAUGUGCCAUGUGCUGAUAUACCUCCUCAGUCAGAUCAAGACGCAGAUGUGUACACGUAUAAGGUAUCUGCAUCUCUUGAGAAAGCAUUGAAGCUAAAAGGCAGCAGUGGUUUGACGAGGCAACAUGUACAUGGCUGCAGCCUUGUAAGAGCAAGGAGAUUCUAUGGUUAUCAUUCAUCAGAGGAGUUAUUUGUGAAGAUAUACCUAUAUUAUCCACAAGAUGUCUCCCGUGCUGCUAAUCUACUAUUGGCUGGUGCUGUUCUCGGGAAAAGCUUACAGCCCUAUGAAUCACAUAUUCCCUUCAUUCUUCAGUUUCUGGUUGACUAUAACUUGUAUGGCAUGGGUCAUCUGCACUUGUUAAAGAUGAAGUUCCGCCAUCCUAUGCCAGAUUCUUCUGAGAAGAAAUUGAUUUUCAAUAGUCAACAGACAGGGGGUCAGCAGUGUGGACAUCAUCUAUGGUCUCAUCUGAUUGGAUGUGGCAACUUCCCACUGAAGUGGAUGCUUCAUCAAAUCACGAGGUUCAUUGUCCUAAACGUCAAAGCACAUGUGAACUGGAGGGGGAUGCUUCUGUGGAUGAGAUUCUUUAAUCAGCAGUUUAAAAUGUAUUUCCUUUCACAAACCCGAUCAGAUGUGCAAAUGGUUCAGUCUCUUGCACCAAUCUGGAAGGAGCAGCAGGAAAGGACUGGGAUUUAUGAGGAUACUGUACUCCUGUUAUCCUGGGAAGCAUUGCCAGCCAGAAGAAGCACUGGAUCUCCUGAAGUGGCUCGCAACUUGUCAAGCGGCAAAGUUGAUGGUUCUGCUGAUGAUGAAUCUUCAAGUCCAAGUGGUGGUUCAGCUGGAAUUUCAUUUGCAAUGGACGAAAAAGGUGAAUCCAAUUGUUCUUCCAAAUACUGUAUACUGCAAAAUACCAGAGCAGAUACUUAUAGCAAAGAUAACAGUAAUAAGGUAUGGGGAUCUUUGCCAUUUUCAAUGACCUGCAACAAUUUUGAACGUGCUAGCUUACAUGUUGACUUGGUUUAUUUGGCUAGAAAUGAGAAAGAUAAUGGCGUGAAGAAUGGGAAUAAAGGUGCUUCAGACUUAAAAGAAGUAGAUACACUGGAUAAUUGCUCUGUGCGGGACUUGAUGAGGAGAAAGAGAUGUUAUCGAGUUGAGCAAACUGACCGUGAAUCUGAAAUAACUAAAAAACUACUUUUUGAUGGGGAUGAGAAGCUGACGACUGAUGAAGGAGAAACAGAAGUCCAGAAGAGCUGUGUUUUGAAAAUGAGCAAACAUGAUGUAGUGUCUAGGAAAUCACCCCUUGUAAUUGGCAGUUAUGGUGGACCAACUCUCUCUGAGCUGAACAAGUUUCACUCUACUAGUUCUUCUGAUUACUCCGGGGUUUCCAGUGGUAGAAUGUUUAGGAUUGACGGAAGCAAAUCUUAUGAGCAACAUGGUCAGAUGAAGUCAUGUGAGAACGCUGUGGGUGUGAAUACUGCAACUGACAUUCAAGUACUGCAAUGUGUAAAAAGUGAUGAGAAAAAACCCAGAGAGAAUUUGGGUUUGUGUGAGACUAUUGGCAUAGAACCCUUUGUCAAUGACAUGAUGGGUAAUCACAUGGGAUUAACUCCUGCCAUGGCAGUGAAAGCUCUGGAUGAUGUUAUUCCUGCUUCUGCCAGUGGUUCCCCUAAUGAGAUGGAAACUUGCAACAAGCAUGUUGCCAAUAGUACCCCUGAUCCUAAAGGGAAGAAGGUCUUGGGUGUUGCAACUUACUAUCAAAAUGAUGGCUCUUAUCUGUGCUUAUUGAAACCCAAAAUUUUGCCUCCUUCUGAGGAUAGUGUUCAGAGAUGGCUACUUUGUGAUGAGAGAGAUCAAAUGUUCCAAGAAACCGAUGAAAAGGAGAAGCAUUUGCCUAAUUGGAAUAGCAGACCUUGUCUUAUGUCUAAACAUGUCGAAGAUGUUGAUUCUGAAAAGAAGACUCCAUCCAUCAGUGGUGGACAAAUGAAUCUAAUUAAAACAUGCUUGGAUGGCUCACAAGACGGUUCUCAGAUUUCAGGCCCUGAUGUGAAAUCAAAGUCUACUCCCCUAAGUCAAAUUGGGUUUCGUGAUCCUGCAAGUAUUGGCUGUGGCCAGCAAUUGACGUUACUCAGUAUAGAGGUUCUUGCAGAAUCAAGAGGAGAACUUUUACCUGAUCCCCGGUUUGAUGCCAUCAACGUUGUAGCUCUUGGUUUUCAAAAUGAUAAUGACACUAUUGUAGAUAUUAUUGUCCUUUUGCAUUGUAAACUAGAACCUUGUCAGAGAAAUUUUGGGGGCCUAUCAGGCUGCAAGGUGUUGGUCUUCACAGAUGAAAAGUACUUGCUAAAAAAAUUUAUUAAGAUUGUGUCUUCAUAUGAUCCAGAUAUUCUGAUGGGUUGGGAUAUUCAAGGCGGUUCUCUUGGUUUUUUAGCAGAAAGGGCUUCGCAUCUUGGUUUAGGAUUACUUAAUAGUUUAUCUCGCACUCCAUCUGACUCUCGGACUACUUCUGAUGGUACUGAAACGUCUGAAAAAGAUAUGUCAGAAACUGCCAUUCCGGGUACAUCUAGUGCAGAUGAUGUACAAGAAAGUUCAAUAAUUGAAGAUGAAUGGGGACGAACACAUGCCAGUGGAGUUCAUGUUGGUGGCAGAAUCGUGCUUAAUGUGUGGCGACUUAUCCGUGGAGAAGUUAAGCUCAAUUUAUACUCAGUUGAUGCUGUGGCUGAAGCUGUAUUGAGGAGGAAAGUUCCUUCAAUUCACAACAAGGUUCUGACCAAAUGGUUUUCUGGUGGUCCUGGACGAGCAAGAUAUCAGUGUGUCAAAUAUGUUACUAAGAGAGCAAAGCUGAAUCUUGAGAUAUUAAGCCAACUUGAUAUGGUAAAUCGAACAUCAGAACUUGCUCGUAUUUUUGGUAUAGAUUUUUUUUCUGUUCUCUCCAGAGGUUCACAAUAUCGUGUUGAAUCAAUGUUUCUGAGGUUGGCACAUACGCAUAACUAUCUUGCCAUCUCUCCUGGAAAUCAACAGGUUGCUUCUCAACCUGCCAUGGAGUGCCUGCCCCUUGUGAUGGAACCAGACUCAGGAUUUUAUUCAGACCCGGUUGUUGUAUUUGACUUUCAAUCAUUAUAUCCAUCCAUGAUAAUUGCGUACAAUCUUUGCUUUUGUACGUGCCUUGGCAAAGUUGUGCCAUCAAAAGCAAACACGCUUGGGGUUAGUUCAUUUUCACCCAGGCAGCAUGUUCUGCAGGAUUUAAAAGAUCAGAUCUUGCUUACUCCAAAUGGUGUUAUGUUUGUUCCUUCCAAGGUUCGUCGAGGUAUACUACCACGCUUGUUGGAAGAAAUUCUAUCAACUAGGAUAAUGGUGAAACAAGCAAUGAAAAAUUUGGCUCCUUCACAGCAAGUCCUUCAGCGGAUAUUUAAUGCAAGACAGCUUGCUUUGAAGCUUAUAUCAAAUGUGACUUAUGGCUACACUGCUGCUGGAUUUAGUGGUCGUAUGCCUUGCGCAGAGCUUGCAGACAGUAUAGUUCAAUGCGGCCGUUGCACAUUGGAAAGGGCCAUAUCAUUUGUAAAUCAACACGAUAAGUGGAAUGCAAAAGUCAUUUAUGGAGAUACUGAUAGCAUGUUUGUUCUCCUCAAAGGACGCAAUAUUAAAGAAUGUUUCCAAAUUGGGAGUGAGAUUGCUUCUGCUGUCACUGCUAUGAAUCCUAGUCCUGUCACCCUGAAGUUGGAGAAAGUUUAUCAGCCUUGUUUCCUCCUUACUAAAAAGCGGUAUGUUGGUUACAGUUAUGAAAGCCCUGAUCAAGUUGAGCCAGUUUUUGAUGCUAAAGGUAUUGAGACAGUUCGUAGAGACACAUGUGGUGCAGUUGCAAAGAUAAUGGAACAGUCUUUGAGGCUUUUCUUCGAAAAUCAAGAUUCAUCGGAGGUGAAAAGUUAUUUACAACGUCAGUGGAGGAGAAUUCUUUCAGGCAAAGUCCCGCUUAAAGAUUUUGUCUUUGCUAAGGAGGUUCGCCUAGGUAGCUAUAGCGCAAGGACAUCAUCGUCUUUACCUCCAGCUGCAAUUGUCGCCACCAAGGCAAUGAGGUUUGACCCUAGGGCUGAACCACGUUAUGCUGAGAGAGUACCUUAUGUUGUAAUCCAUGGAGAGCCUGGAGCCCGCCUGGUUGACAUGGUUGUGGAUCCGUUGGAAGUUUUGCGACUCGAUUCCCCACUAAGAAUAAAUGACUUGUAUUACAUAAAUAAACAAGUAAUACCUGCUUUGCAGCGGGUGCUUGGGCUUGUUGGUGCUGACCUUAACCAAUGGUUCUUAGAGAUGCCCCGUCCUUUAAAGGAAGCCCGUGUAAAGCAUCUCAUAGCUCCGAAUUCACAUCGAACAAGAAUAGACUCCUAUUAUCUGUCAAAGCAUUGCAUACUGUGUGGCGGGUUGGUCCAAGGAUCUGCACAUAUAUGCAUUCAGUGUUCUGAAAAUGGAGUGGCUGCUGCAACGGCUGUGAUUAGUAAAACAUCAAAGUUGGAACGAGAGAUGCAGCAUCUUGUUGCUAUAUGCGACCAUUGUGAGGGUGGAGGCAGGCUUCUGGAAAGUGAUGUGAAGUGCACGUCAAUUUCAUGCUCGGUGUUUUAUGAGAGACGAAAAGUUCAGAAAGAACUACUAGCGAUGAACCAUGUUGCUGCUGGUGAAGGCUUCUAUCCCAAAUGCAUGGUCGAGUGGUUCUGAGCAACAGUUGUCACGUUCACCCCUGGAUAUUUGUGUAGAUAUAUUUCUCUUGUGAUUAGAUUUGCGUGCCUGGGGUUUGCCAUAUUUGGUUUCCUUCUUUUCCUUGUUCACAAAAUUCAUAGUUGCCCAUCUUGUUUCCGCAAAAAGAAAAAAGAUCCCCAUCUUGCUCAGCCUACGAAAAGAAGUGCGUCUCAUGAUUUAUGGAGUUGAAAAUGGUCAGGUCAGUUGGGAUAGACAGCAGCCGGCUGAUGGCCGUCGCAGGCCGUCUUCCGCCUGAAGAGAAUAUAUAGUUUCGAAAUACAGUCUUCUGCCGUGGUGAGUCCUAACUUUUUCUUCUUAUUUUUUCCUUUAAUCUUACACGGAUAUAUUUUCCUACAUGCUGCAUGCAGUCUAAGAAAUGAGUAGGGUUAUUCACUAUCUUUCGGACCAGAGUUAUUAACUGUUUGUGGAUGAUGUGAUUUUGAUUUUAUAUUGUAUGCUAAUGCUGAUGCUGAAUGUUUAUCUUUGGACAAAAACCUAAUAUUAGUUACUUUUAAUUAUUCUAA